AUGACCGACCCUCGAACCGAUACCUCUACCUCGUCCCCCUACAGGCCAUCGCUCGACGAGGACCUCGAUCCGAGAUACACGACCGAGUCCUAUCAGCAGCAGCAGCCGCCGCCGCCGCCGUCAAACACCCACCACACCGUCGUCUUUGACGCCACCUCGCACGACCAUUCCCCAUCCCACGGCUUCCCUUCGUCCACCGUACCGCCUGUUCAGCCAGCUUGGUCCGUCGCCGGUCCGCCUCGCCUCUCGGAUCAUUCGAGCCCCUUUGCGCAGUCCUUCAACACCUCUCAAUCCUGGAGCCUGAGCAGCGUCUGCGCCAUCGCUUGGGCGCUGCCCCCUUUUACCAGCCUAAUCGUCCUCGUCUGGGAGACCGAGAGCGACUUGGCCCGCUUCCACGCCUAUCAAUCCGGCAUCCUUGGUGGCGCGCUCCUCGUCGCCCUCUGGUUGGUGCGGUCGGUCCUCGGCCUCAAAACCAUCGGCCUGCUGAUGGGCAUGGCCGCCCUCGGCUGGUUCUGGGUCUGCGGCUCGACGGCGCAUAAGGCAGCGCCAUCGCUGGCAAGGAAUCCCUACCUGCCCCACGUCGGCGACAUAGCCUCAAGAUGGGUGGGGGAAGAGUGA